GCGCCGGUCACGAGUACCCGCGCGGCCGACAGCGGCGACAUGGCCUCGGAGCGGGAUGUACGCGCGCGGCUGCAGCGCGCUGGCCAGGAACACCUGCUGCGCUUCUGCGCCGAGCUGGCGCCGGGGCCGCGCGCCGCCCUCCUGGCGGAGCUGGGGGCGCUGGAGCCGGAGGCGCUGAGCGAGCACUGCCGGCGCGCGGCUGCAGCCUGCGCGCACCCCCCGGGCCCGCCGCCCGACCUGGCCGCGCGCCUGCGGCCCCUGCCCCCCGAGUGCGUGGGCAGCGCGACCCGGUGCGACCCGGAGGUGCGGCGGCUCUGGGAGGAGGAAGGUUUCCGCCAGAUCGCCCUGAACAAGGUGGCCGUGCUGCUGCUGGCCGGGGGGCAGGGCACUCGCCUGGGCGUGACCUACCCCAAAGGCAUGUACCAGGUGGGGCUGCCCAGCCAGAAGACCCUGUAUCAGCUGCAGGCGGAACGGAUUCAGCGGGUGGAGCAGCUUGCUGGCCAGCGCCAUGGGACCCGCUGCACCAUCCCCUGGUACAUCAUGACGAGUGAGUUCACGCUGGGGCCCACGGCCAGGUUCUUCAAGGAGCAUGACUUCUUCCACCUGGACCCCAACAACGUGAUCAUGUUUGAGCAGCGCAUGCUACCUGCUGUGACCUUUGAUGGCAGGGCCAUCCUGGAGCAGAAAGACAAGGUUGCCAUGGCCCCAGAUGGCAAUGGGGGACUGUACUGUGCACUGUCAGACCACCAGAUUCUAGAGGACAUGGGGCGGCGGGGAGUGGAGUUCGUGCACGUGUACUGUGUGGACAACAUCCUCGUGCGGCUGGCUGACCCUGUCUUCAUCGGUUUUUGCGUGCUCCGAGGUGCAGACUGUGGGGCCAAGGUGGUGGAAAAGGCGGACCCCGAGGAGCCCGUGGGUGUGGUGUGCCAGGUGGACGGGGUCCCCCAGGUGGUGGAGUACAGCGAGAUUAGCCCCGAGACUGCGCAGCUUCGUAGGCCCGAUGGGAGCCUGCUCUACAGCCUGGGCAACAUCUGCAACCACUUCUUCACCCGAGACUUCCUCCAGAUGGUCAGCAGCAAGUUUGAGCCCUUGCUGAAGCCACAUGUGGCUGUGAAGAAGGUCCCAUACGUGGAUGAGGAGGGAAAUCCGGUAAAGCCGAUAAAACCAAACGGGAUAAAGAUGGAGAAGUUUGUGUUUGAUGUGUUCCAGUUUGCUAAGAGCUUCGUGGCCUUUGAGGUGUCCCGGGAGGAGGAGUUCUCUCCGUUGAAGAAUGCUGCCUCGGCUGCCAGGGACAACCCCGCCACGACUCGGCGUGCCCUGCUCAUGCAGCAUUACCGCUGGGCCCUGCAGGCAGGGGCCCACUUCCUGGAUGCCUAUGGGGCCCGGCUCCCUGAACUGCCCAGCCCGCCCAGCAGCAGAGAGCCCCCUGUCAUCUGUGAGAUCUCGCCCUUGGUGUCCUACUCUGGAGAGGGUCUGGAGGAAUACCUGCAAGGCCGGGAGUUCCGGUCCCCACUCAUCCUGGAUGAGAACCAGGCCAGGGCUCUGCAGCUCUGACUCGAUCCCAGAACUGCCAACCCUGGGGCCUGAGGGGCGCGGACA